AUGGACGCCACCUGUGUUCUACCAGCUGCUUUAAAAAAGCAAAAUAGAAAAUCUAAAGGCUUAGCAUAUGAAAAAUCCUUGGGCGAACUCCAGGCUGAAAUCCCCUUCUUUAUAAAACCUUCUGAAAAAACUGCUACGAUUGAUUCUUCAAAAUGGCCACUGCUUUUGAAGCAUUUUGAUAAUAUGAAUGUCCGUACAAAUCAUUACACUCCGUUGCCUUUUGGAUCAAAUCCCCUGCAAAGAGAAAUUAAAGAAUACGUUAAAGCUGGUUAUAUUAACUUGGAUAAACCAUCCAAUCCAAGUUCUCAUGAAGUAGUUGCUUGGAUUAAGCGAAUGUUAAAAGUUGAGAAAACUGGUCAUUCUGGAACAUUAGAUCCAAAAACUUCAGGUGUGUUGGUUGUGUGUAUUGAAAGAGCAACACGACUUGUUAAAUCACAACAAUCUAGUGGAAAAGAAUAUAUUUCUGUAUUUAAACUUCAUAGUCCAGUUGAAAGCAUUCUUCAGAUUAAUAAAACACUGGAAUCUUUGCGCGGAGCUCUUUUCCAACGCCCCCCUUUAAUUACAGCUGUAAAACGUCAAUUGCGUAUUCGUACUAUAUAUGAAAAUAAAUUAUUGGAUUAUGACAUGAAUGCAAAUAUAGGAGUAUUUUGGAUUAAAUGUGAAGCUGGUACUUAUGUAAGAACACUAUGUGUUCAUAUGGGUCUAAUGCUGGGAACUGGAGGCCAAAUGAUAGAACUUAGAAGAAACCGUUCUGGUAUUACAAGUGAAGAAGAAGGGCUUGCAACAUUACAUGAUGUUUUGGAUGCACAGUGGAUGUUUGAGAACAAUAAAGACGAAUCUUAUUUAAGAAGAGUGGUUAGACCCCUUGAAGGCAUACUAACAAAUUACAAACGUGUAUUUAUUAAAGAUAGUGCCAUAAAUGCAAUUUGUUAUGGAGCUAAAAUUAUGUUGCCUGGAUUAUUACGGUAUGAUGAUGGUAUUGAACUAAAUAUGGAAAUUGUCAUUGUUUCCUCUAAAGGAGAAGCUGUGGCUUUAGGUGUUGCAUUGAUGACAACAGCUACAAUUUCAAGUUGUGAUCAUGGUAUUCUUGCCAAAAUCAAAAGAGUAUUAAUGGAUCGAGACACCUAUCCUCGUAAAUGGGGACUGGGACCAAUGGCUAGUACUAAAAAAAGCAUGAUAAAAGAUGGCUUAUUAGAUAAGUAUGGUAAACCAAAUGAGAAUACCCCAGACAAUUGGAAUCAAACAUUGUACAAGGAGACAAUUGAAAAACUGAAGACUGAAGAUGAAAGUGAAAAAAGUAGAAAAAGAAAACGACAGAGUACAUCACUCGAUGAUGCGUCUCCAAUAACGGAUGCAAUAAAAGUAAAAAAAGACAAGAAAUCAAAGAAAGAAAUGAAAAUUAAGAAUGAAAAAUUGGACAUGGAAGAAAACAAUUGA